AUGGUUCUGGAGGUAGCAGAGGCUAAAUUGGCUCGAACUUCGGCUAAACGCGUAUUUAAUCGGAACGUCAAGAAAUUAGUCGACUCUAUUAACUCUAAAGAUACGGCUGCAUUAAUCGAGAGUAGAUUUAAAGAUUUGAAGCAGCUCUGGGAUGACGUCCAACGGAAGCACGAAGGGUAUAUAGAAUCGCUGGAAAAUUCGAAGACGACUUAUGAUGUUGAGCAAGAGGAUGGAUGGAUUGAUGAAAUGGAUAAAGUUUAUGAUGACGUGCUACGGCAAAAGUUGGCAUACUUUGAGACCGUAGAAGAGGAUCAAAGGGAAAUCGAACGGCAACAAGAACAAAUUUCUAAAGAGAAAGAAGAUCAAAUUCGUAAGAAAGAGGGCGAUAAAGCUAUUUUUCGAGCUGAACAAGCCCGCAAAGUUGAAGAAAUCGCAUUUAGACAAGAGGUGGAAAAUCUAGAAGAGGCAUUAGCUGCAGAGAUAUACAAACCCAAUCCGGCAGCAUCAAUGCUUGAAACGGCAAGAACUGAGCUAAAAAGACAACUUGAAGAGUGUAAAAGGGUUAAUGGUGAAUAUGUUCUGCUACUUGAUGCUGAGACAGCUGGUGAUGAGAUAGCUUGGUUCACGAGUCUCCAAAAGAUUUAUUCGCAAAUAUCUAAAAAAAUCGGCGACGCUAUUCAACGGAAAAGUGAUACCAAAUUUAAUGCAAUGAGAGGAAGCACAAUCAAACUAGAAAGAAUGAAAUUACCCCAAUUCAGUGGAAAUAUUCGAGACUACCCUCGUUUUCGAUCAGAUUUUGAAAAACAAAUCCUACCAGAGUUGGAAUCUGGAAAAGUUGCAUAUGUCCUCAAAUCAUGUCUCGAAGGUGAAGCAUUUGAUGCCAUCUACAACUUAGAUGAUGAUGUAACGAAAAUGUGGAAGCGACUAGAUGAGAAAUAUGGUCUGCCAUCAAAAUUAGUCGAUGUUGUCGUAUAUGAUAUUAAGAAUAUAAAGCACUUACAGGAAGGAGAUGAUCAAUCAUUUCUAGAGCUUAUAAAUACGGUUGAGAAAGGCUAUCAAGAUCUAGCCAGAAUCAAUAUGGAAUCUGAAAUAUCCAAUAGUGGAACAGUCAGUUUAAUCGAAGAACGAUUGCCUC